AUGUCCAAAACCGCCCCAGUGAUGCGUCUCUGCGCGGGAACACGGCGUCGAAGGCGAGAUGAACCCGCCCCUUCCGUCGACCUUGGCCGGGGUCCAAUUCCUCUCGGGGGAACAAUUGCAACCGCCUCCUCCUCGACAACCGAGCCGAACCUCGCGUUCGCUCGACAAAUGACCCCAUCAAGCCCUCGAGUUCGGGUUGAAAACGCACCUAAUGGCGGCACUGUCCAGGUCUGCUGGCUCUGCGCUCUUUUCCGCCGCCUUGAUGGCAUCCGAAGCCUCGGGCUUCGCGCGCUCGGACGGAGAUUCCAUCCUUGCCCCUCGCUCGGUUCGGUUCGAAAAGAUUUGCCCCUACUCUACCCGCGGAUAGCAACGCGCGCGACGGCGAUUCUUCCCAGGUUUUCUCGGCGGCGGCGGCUCAGGCAACCACCAAGAUGUAUUUGGGAUCGAUCGCGAUCGGCUUGCCGCGGUGAUCGGGCUCUUAUCGCGAACGCUGGUCUCGCCUCUCGAAGCGGACGUUGCCGCUCCAACGUUCAAAACAACGACGCGGGCGACGAUGACCUCGACUGGUCGUCCAGGGCGUCCGAACCGGUCCGAAGCGCGCGGCGUGAGGUCACGGACGUCGGUAUUGAACCGAUCCACCGAUUGGAGGCGACGAUGUGCCCUUUUCCGAAGUUCCGCCCGAGCUGA